AUGCUCUCAUUCAUACAGUACCUAGGCAUCAUGAGUAGUUUGGGAAACGGAAAUAACCAGAACAACACCAACAGCAACACUGGAAGCAGCCAGAACUCGGCAGCGGAAGGAACGAUGGAGCGCGGAAGCUGCAUCCUGGUGCGUUACGCAAGCCAGAAUUCACUCGACGAAAGCUCGCAGAAGCAGAUACCGCGCGCGAAUGGAAAGGAGAAAACGACUGGCGCGUACCGUAACAACAUUCACACGCAACGCUCGUUCGAGGCCAUGAACAUGAUGAGAGAACAAAAUCUGCUCUGCGAUGUGGUGCUGGUGGCCGAGGGUAUCGAAAUUCCAGCCCACAAGAUGGUGCUAGCCUCGUGUAGCCCGUACUUCUACGCCAUGUUCACCGGGUUCGAGGAGAGCCGCCAGGAUCGGAUCACACUGCAAGGCGUUGAUCAUCGGGCGCUGCAACUGCUGAUCGAGUACGUCUACACGGCGGUGGUCGAGGUGACGGAGGAGAACGUACAGAUUCUGCUGACCGCCGCCAAUUUGCUGCAACUGACCGACGUGCGCGACGCCUGCUGCGACUAUCUGCAGACGCAGCUCGAUCCCAGCAACUGUCUUGGGAUCCGCGAUUUCGCCGACAUUCACGGUUGCAUCGAUCUGCUAAACUACGCUGAAACGUACAUCGAGCAACAUUUCUCGGAAGUGUGCCAGUUUGAAGAAUUUUUGAAUCUCACCAGCGAACAAGUGGUAAACCUGAUCAAGAGCGAUCGUCUUUCAGUUCCUACGGAGGAAAAGGUUUAUGAAUGUGUAAUCACUUGGAUACAGUACGAUGUUCCCGGCCGGCAGCACAAUCUGGCUGAUUUAAUGGAGCACGUCCGGUUGCCGCUCCUCGCCCAGGACUAUCUGGUACAGCGUGUCGAGAAGGAGCUGCUAUUGAAGGGUGAUCUUCAGUGUAAGGACUACAUCAUCGAAGCGCUCAAGUACCACCUGCUGAAGGGCGAGCAGAAGACAUCCUUCAAGACGCCACGCACCAUUCCUCGUCAACCGGUGGGUCUACCGAAGGUGCUGCUGGUGAUUGGUGGGCAAGCACCGAAAGCGAUCCGCUCGGUCGAGUGUUACGAUCUGCGUGAGGAAAAGUGGUGUCAAGUCUCGGAAAUGCCAACACGCCGCUGUCGGGCCGGACUGGCCGUCCUCGGUGACAAAGUGUACGCGGUCGGUGGCUUCAAUGGUUCGUUGCGUGUGAAAACGGUCGAUGUGUAUGACCCGGCCCUAGACCAGUGGACUACCAGCCACUGUAUGGAGGCACGGCGUUCGACACUUGGUGUCGCGGUGCUCAACAAUUGCAUCUACGCCGUCGGUGGAUUCGAUGGUUCUACCGGUCUUAGUUCGGCCGAAAUGUUCGAUCCGAAACGGCAAGAGUGGCGUCUUAUAGCGGCAAUGUCCACACGGCGCAGCUCCGUCGGGGUGGGCGUCGUAAAUGGUUUACUGUACGCCGUAGGUGGUUACGAUGGCGCCUCUAGACAGUGCCUGGCAUCGGUCGAACGGUACGAUCCGGCCACCGACACGUGGACACAGAUUGCAGAAAUGUCUGCCCGGCGCAGCGGUGCCGGAGUAGGCGUACUGGACAACAUUUUGUACGCUGUCGGCGGUCACGAUGGGCCAUUGGUGCGCAAAUCAGUCGAAGCGUACGAUCCCGUGUCGAACACUUGGCACUCGGUCGGCGAUAUGGCUUUCUGUCGGCGGAAUGCCGGUGUCGUGGCACACAACGGUAUGCUGUACGUGGUCGGAGGCGAUGAUGGCAUUUCGAAUCUGGCCUCGGUCGAGGUAUACAGCCGCGAAACGGACGCGUGGCGAAUUCUGCCCUCGUCGAUGAGCAUUGGCCGUAGCUAUGCUGGCGUAGCGAUAAUUGAUAAGCCCUUGUGAAGCGAACAGCAGGCCGCACGGGCCACCAAUUCGUCCCAAUCCUUCCUCCACCGUACGACCUACCCCCGGUAUGCAAAUGGCACCGUGAGUGCACAGCACGGGUUGCAACAAUUCGUAGCUCCAGCAGUCGCGGCACAACCACCGCCAGAGUCCGCCGCUGGCUUGCCGGUAGGCUGUUCCGACGAUGAAAACAGUCAGGCCGAAGGUCUCAACCCAGAACCGGCGGGCGCCGGUGUGAAUGUUGCGAACGCCAAUAAUGUUCACUAUGAAAACAUAUACGAAUCUAUCGAUCAUUUCGCCGGCAUCGGGGCGGUGGGAGGAGUAGGUGUGAUUGGAGGUGCGGCUUCGGCGGCCCAUUUGUCGAGCCACGGGCAAGGAGCGGCAAAAAAGUCACAACCUCAACCCGGCCCUUCCGGACUUUCGGCGAUCCAUCGCAAUGGAGGAACGGGAUUGAGUGGCAUUUCACUGGGUUCCACAGCACCCUCAAAUGGAAUGCUUCACAACAGCAACAUGUACCCUGCGUACCACCCACUGGCAUAUCGCAACGAACUGUACGAUCGUACGGCCGGUUAUGAUGUGCCACGGGGAAGGGCGGCUCCUUCGGCGAGUUAUUAUCAGAAUCAACCAACCUUACAACCACUCUCGGGCCCUCCGCUGCCUCGCUACGCUAAUCUUCAUCUCGAUCUCAACCGAUCACGUUAUCCUGCUGCAGGGCAGCAGCUUCAACCACAACAACGAACCCCUCGGCAGCGUAGCUUCGAUGAUACGGAGUCGUACCAUUACCAUCGCUACCAACCGAAUGGGAUGUCAAAACCGGGCGAUAAUUUGUACGAACGGGUACGAGAGGAACCAGCCUAUCAGAACACGGGCUCGUUGGCCGCCAACCGGGGUCUAUUUGGUAGGUUCGAUGUGAUCGGUCACGGUGUAGGACGAAUCGAGCGCCACCUUAGCUCGUCUUGUGGAAACAUCGACCAUUACAGUCUCGGUGGGCAUUACGCGGUCCUUGGCCACAGCCAUCUCGGAACCGUGGGCCACAUACGACUUAAUCAACCGAACGCGAGUGGCAACGUAGCCAACGGCACGUGUACCCCAAAUCAACCGAACUCGGCAAAGGACGGAUCGUCGUCAUCGUCGUCGGUGAAUGUGAAAAGUUUCUUCAGCUGCUUGGGUGGCGAAAAUUCUCAGUCGAUGAACAAUCUCAACAAACCGUCCGCGAGCGGCGAAGGGGUGACUGUACGGGAAGGAGAAGCCAUAGUCACUACCAACAGCCAAGGGAGCAGCAUUGUGGGCGGGUUGGCCAGUGCUGCUGCCGUCAGCGCAACAACGACGGCGACUGGCACCAUCCCUAAGAUUAACCGUAAAACGAAGCAAUCGCAUCACGCGGAACCAGCACCGGGAGGAUCGCCGAUGGUUGGUGCAGCUGUUCCGCUGGCAGCACCGCCGCCACCGCCACCACCGGAACUACCUUGCGGUGAACUAGCGAGUGGCGGUAGUGGACGCGUCACGAAACCUUCACUCCAGUGGCUGCUGGUGAACAAGUGGCUCCCGAUGUGGGUCGGCCAAACACCGCCCGAUUACAAGUUUAUCGAUUUUAACUUUAUGUUUUCGCGCAACUGUGAUGGCUGCGCAACGGUCGGAGGCGGAACUCAUGCCCGGUCCCAGCAGGAACUGGUACGCUACGGACACUCACCGAUCGCCGAUUACAUUCCGCCGGCACGGGAGUAUCCGACGAUGACCGGAAGCUACCCGCGAGUGCUUCGCAAUACGCCCCAGUUGGCUCGAUUGCGUGAGCACGAAUACGAAAACAUUGUCCCGUUGGGAGAUGCGGUGGCUCCGAACGGACCGACGCGUUCUGCACCGCGGGCAACCCGUCCGGUGGCCGGAUCGGUGGGUCGUUUGCGCGAGCAACAUCAACAGUUACCCGCAGGCAUCGGUGCCGAUCCGUUCCGGACGUGGGCGUUCAACUUCGAGGACAACAGUUUUCGUCCCGCACGAACCAGUAACGGUGCGAUGCUUCACCCGGCGCCGGCCGUCGUGCGGCGCAUUACGGAUGGAACAUUCGGUGCGAAGGAACUGCAACCCGACCAACAGCGACCGGGCCCAAGUGGAUUAAGGUCUGCUGCCGCUGGGACCGUCAAACCGAAGCUUGGUGAAAAGGAGGAAGCAGCACGCCGACUGUCUACGGCAUCCCUGUCCUCGUCCGAUUCGGACAAUUACGUUAUGGAGUCGUUGGCGGCGGAAGUCGGUGGCUUACUGGCGGACGAUAGCAGCCCUUCGGGAGAAUUCCAAGCUACGGACGAGCAACUGGACAAAGUGGCGCACUCGAAGGACAGUGGAAAUGGUGCACCUUCGUCAUCGAACGAUUCUUCGGAGUCCGUGCUGAACUACGAACCGGAGGUAGCGGAAACGGCCGAUCGGUCCCUGUCGGAGGAUGAGGUCGAAGUGGCCGUUUGUGAGGCACAUGACAGCGGGACCUGUGACGAGCAAAACUUGGAUGAUGUGGCAAUGUAAGAAGGUGGCCAGUUUGGCACACGCUGAUGCGUGUAUGUGUUGUAAGGCCUAAAAUAUCCGAUACUCUUCUUGUGAUUGUUACGUGCGACCCAACGGCUGGCAGAGGCUCUGAAUAGUAACACUGCAAAAAAAAGGCAACAGAAAAUGUACUCUUUACCAUUUUUGCUCAAUAUUUAUUAACCCUAUCCCAUGGAAAAGCAACAUUCCCCUUUUGGAUGCGCAACAUGAUUUUUUCUGCAUUCUGUUUAAAUUUAUUUUAUUUUAUUUGGCCAUUUGAUUCUAUUUGCCUCUGUUGUUUUAGACCUUUCUUUCGUUAGACUUUCGGGAGCAGCUAGUGUCAAUUUUGGAAGCCCCGGUUUUAUAGGACAAUUUUAAAAAUACAUUUCCAGUACUUUAAGCAUAACAACAGCAAAAUGUGAGUGAGAAAUGGACGCGCGGCAGUGGGCAUGAAUUUUAAAGUUAAAAAGUUAAUAUCAUAAGCUAAUUAUUAUACCAUAUACAUAUACGCACGAACAGGGCGACUGAAUGGCCGAGCAUUUCGAUGGUGAGCAUUCGCACAAUGGGCUCCGUCUCUUGUGCGGUGCAAAUUAUCAAGCUGUGCAUCUUACGUUAGAAGUAGCCAUACGACUUAUACCGCUUCUCGUUACGCUAAAUGUUACACUAAGGUCUAGAGUCAUUCGGCGGAGGAUAUUGUAGCGAGACAAAAACAUAAAGGCACCGAACGGUGAAGGAAUACAGAAACUCAAGCCCCUCUGCGGCGCGGAAAAAAAAAACGCAACAAGCAUUACCCGUCGAUCGACGAUCUGGCGGCGCACAAAAUGUAUUCCAUGAUUCCGCGUAAACGUAGACACACUGAUAGGUACAACGAUUUAUCGUUUUCGGGUAGUAACAGUUGAAGAAAGUAGCGUCUGUUGUGUGAUGUAAUGUACUAAAUUAUUCUCAAACCAUGCGAUAGACCGUGUGAAAGACAGAGACGAUUACGUUCAUUUGAUCUGCAUUUGGUAACUGUAGGAUCUGGUGAGAUUAAAUUACAAUAAACGUGAUAUGUGA